AUGAAUGGGCACUCAUUUUAUGGGAACCCAAAUGAGCCCGACGUGAGUAACCAUCACCCCAAAAGCGCCAACAACGUUUUCUGUAGCAACAUUAUUUCGAGGCAAGAAUUUAAUAAGGAUUUCAUGAGGAGUAGGAAUUUUUUGGAGGAGCAAAAUUUCAAUGGGUGUUCGAAUGGUCUUUCCAAGGUGGGGAGUGCAAACAACGGCAUGGUGUAUGUGAAUAGCCAUGGGGAGUUGGUCCAUUUGGAUUACAACGGGCACGCCGCCCCUAGGGGCAUGAAGGGGCAGUUGUAUAGUGGGCAUGUUGGUGGGCACCCUAGCGGUAAUUUUAGCAGUCAAGUGAGUGGCAACCUUAGUAGCCACCUUAGCAGUCAAGCUAGCGGCCAUUUUAGUCGACCCAGCUUGAACGGAAGUAACGUGUUCAAGAAGGUGCUCCCAAACCAAGCUGAAUACAUACACGGGGAUUUCCUUGGAGAAAAAAAGAAAAUCUACCACAGUCAAAGUCUAGGGAAUAACGCCCCCAUGAUGGAGGCACCUACUAGCAAGUGCAACGUUAAUGCCAAUGAAAUAAUGAACAAGCGCUUAUUUAUCAAUAAUCUUAUCGAAAUAAAAGAGAAACUGAACAACAUUAAAAGGGAGAGGAUGGAUUAUGAGAAGGAGGAUGAAGAGAAGGAAGAGGAGGAAAAUGCUAACUACAUGGUUCAUUUAAAAAGUUAUGAUAAAUUGAAGAAUUCAUAUUCAUUAACAAAUGUAAAUAAAGUGCAGGAGAAAAUUAUGAACAAGGUCAAGGCCCAGGAGGAGAAAAAAAAAAUGUCUUACAGUACCUUUUUUGAAGAUUGCGGGGGGGAUGUGAAUUACCCAGGCGGUCAGAUCAAUGGUCAAAUCAAUGGUCAUAUCAGCGGUCACCCCAGCAGUCACCCCAGCAGUCGCAUCUGCAAUCCAUCGCAGCAGAAUGAGCAAUAUGCCAAGUUCGAAAAAAGGAAAAGCGCCGAACAGAUGGAUGAAGAGAGCAACUACGUGUUUUACGACUUGAAGCAAUACCUAGGAGAGAACCACCGGCAGAAGAAGGGAUACUUUGGAAUGAAUGGUGUCUAUGGGGAGAAGCAGGGAGAAAUGUCACUCGAUCAUCCAUCAGGUCGUCCAUCUGAUCGUGCAGUCGAACGGGCGGGUGGUCGGCUCGCAGAGCAACUGAAUGAUCCUCUCCAAGAUCGGAAGUACGAUAGUUACUUGGAUCGAAAGUGCAAUAAUUUGCAUGACCGACAUUUUGAAAAAUUCCUUGUCAGGAAGGAAGACCAAGAAAAGGCGAAAAAUGAUCAGAAGGAAAAACAAAGUAAGUACGAACACCUUCAGAAGAUUGGAACAGCAGUCGGUGGAGCUAGUGAUCAUAUGAUGAGAAUGGUGUUGGAGCAAGAGAGUUUGUAUAACAAUAUGCAGAAACAUGCAGGUCCUUCCAAAGCCCUAUAUACAAACAGUGUGAAGGGCCUUAAGGUUGUUGAUAAUGUUAUGUGUUGCCUACCUCCAGAAGACACCAAUCAUAAGGGGAAGAAGAACAUACCGACGAUGAUGUAUUUAGGAGGAUCUGUUUCACCCCCAGGAGUAGGUGGUAUUGGGGGGGUGGAUCCAUGUGGCAAGGUUUUUAACGAGAGCAACGUAUACGACGUGCCAACCAGUUUAUAUCUGAGCAAGGGGCUAAGGGAUGAAGAUAAUUUGAAGAGAAUGUUAAAUGCAAGCACGAAGAAGGUUUUAAAUUAUGAGGAAGAUUAUCGAAUGCAUCCUUCCGAAGGGUAUCAAUUAUACAAAAGUAAGAAGAACGGAGGAGGUGCUGGUUGUAUUGAAAACGGAGCAGGGGCACAGAUGGGAACGACGUCUACGCCAUUAAGGAAUGAAAAUGAAAAUUACGUGGGAAAAAGUUGCAGCUGUACGAAUUAUGGUAAGAAGAAAGGGGCAAUGACCGAUGCAGUAUCGAGAGGGAAUUGUUCCGGAGAUCACCUGAAAAAGGUGGUAGGUAGGAUAGAAAAAAAUGGGAAUUUGGCUGAACAAGUGAAGGGAAGUGGAGCGGGAGGUAGUAUGGACAUGCGGAUGGAAAAUAAUAAAGGGGAAAAAAACGUAUGCAGAAAAAACAGUGGAGCAUCUAUGAGUAACAAUAUCAAUUUGAACGUGUCUGACACCGACCUUAAUGGAAACAAGAACUCAAGCGAGAAGAGGAAUUCUUAUGAUAACAACAACGGUAUGAUCAGCAACAAUAGUAUAAAUAACGUAGAUAACACAGUGGCAUAUUUUAAAGAAAAUUGUCUGAGCAAUGAAAAUGUGGUGUACGACGAGGAAAAAAAAAUUUUUAAAACAAAGGAAAACUGUAAUAUUAAAAUAUAUAGGAGAAGCUUAGAAAAGGAGAAAAUGCUGAACUUCCCUUUAAUCCAUUUGGGUGAAAAUGAUGUUAUAGUUAAGAGGAUAAAAUUAUAUUAUCCCAUAAGAAAUGAAAAUAUAUUUACAAAUAUAUCAAAAAUUAUUUUUAUGACAAGUACGAAUAUCUGCUCGUUGUAUCUUUCAGAUUCUUAUCUUAUUCAUUAUGAUGAUGUGAAAAUUCAAUCCUACCUUUCGAAGGGAGGCUUUGGAGUUGUUUAUAAGGGAAUUCUUUUGAGGAAGCUGAAAAAAUGCGAAAUUAUGUAUGGCGCCAGUGGGAAAUACAGCAAGGCGUUGUCAAAUCAGAACAGCUUAAAGGGGCUAGGGGGAGCUAGCGGUGAGACUGCAGGAAGGACACAGGGGGGAAGAAGCUCCCAUAGACAAUUGAACGGGGAAGAUAAUGAUCAGGAUAAUGAUGAGGAUGAGGCGUACGAACAGGAGCAACAACAGAUGGAACAACAACUGGACGAGCGGAGAAAUGUGCUUCACGCGGAUGGAGGGAACCAAGACGGAUCGAGCAACUACGCAGAUAACAGUAAUGUACAGGAUGGUGCUGAGUCGAAGGGGAACUCAGGUCAUGCGAGUGGACCAAAUCGAAGCACCCCGAACAGUAACUCUCCCAAGGGAGAUUUCCCAAACAAGCAUUUCCCCAUGAAGAAGAAGAAAAGUCACAACAGCGACAACAGCAAACUUAGCAGAAGCACGAAGAAGUUAUGUAAUUUGCGAAAUCAGUUGAUUGAGAAAAUAUUCGAUACGUUCAAGAAUCCAGUAAACCCCAACGGUGGUGGUAGUGGAAUGAAUGGUGGGUACCCCCUCAGAGGAGCAGAGAGAGAAGAAGAAGCUCGGGAGGUACAACCGGAGGAGGAAGAAGAUGAACAGCCCUAUGACGACGAUGAGAGAAAAAAAAAUUGUGAUAUUGAAGAUAUUCUAAAAAGUUGGGAUGAUGAUAAGGCGAAUCAGGAGGUGAAGAAGAAAGCGAUUAAUCAUGAUAAUUAUAACAUGAGCAAGGGGAAUGAGAGAAUGCUAUUGAGGAACGGAGAAAAGUUUGGAAUCGGUAAUGUGAACCCUGGGGAGGAUGUGGAAGAUGCUGAAUUUGGAUCUGACGGGGAGAAAAACCCAGAACAAAAGCAGAUGGACAAAGAAGAAGCUAUGGAAAAAAUGGACCUGAAAAAAGGAAGCAAUUGUAUACACGUACAGGAAAUAAGAAAGUUAAAGAAAAAAAUGCUAAACUUUAUUUAUUCGAAAAAAACAAAUGAGAAAAUAAUAAUUGAUAGAGAUGAAUUUUUUAUCGAAGCCAAGAGAAUUUUUUAUAAAUUAAAAAUGAUGAACAAUACGGAGUUAGAUAAAAAGUAUCAUGAAGAAAUAAUUGCGUACUUGUUGUUAGACGUGUACCAUAACAACACUGCAUACAAAAAUAGCCUCUGCUUCCUGUACGUGAAGGGAAAAAAUAUUAUAACGUACGGAAUGAAUAAGGAAAGUCUCUAUAUAUUUGAUAAUAAAAAUAUUUUCCACUACUACAGUGAUAAGUGCAUAUUCAAAAUUGUGUUUAUCGAUGAACACAAGGAAUUGAAGAAGUAUCAGAACCUCACCGUUUUCAAUGUGCUAAAUAAUGAAAGGAUGAUGAAAACUUCUUCUCUCCUCAAGCACGAAAUUAAUAAACAUAAAAAUGGAUUGAAUAAGUUGGCAAUCAUUCCCUUUAGCAAGAUGAAUAUGAGCCACCUGCUGAAUGCGCUAAUAUUUGGAUUUCUGAAGUUCCUUUUUAAUUUAAGGAAGAAGUAUCAUAAGCAGCCAAAUAAUUGCUCCUGUUAUCCUCAAGGGGAAGACUUGCAGAGUACCCCAAAUGGAAAGAGCUUGAAGAAAAUGAUGGAGAGAGAACAAGAUAACAACCAGACGAACAUGUCAAAUAAUAACGCUUUUUUCUCCAACCUACAGUAUACGAAUUCGGAUGCAUGUGGUGAUGGCGCUUUCAAUUUUAAUAAGGAAGAUAGAGAUUCCAUUAUUCUUCAGGAAAAAAUUAACAUGCUUGAUGAGUUCCUCUGCUGCAAUUACGAGGAAGUGAGUGCAGACUAUGCGGGAGGGAAAAGCAAGAUAAUGGGUGGUAGCGGUAGCGGAAAUAACGACAGAAGUGAUGAGACGGAGAAUAACAACGGGGUUGGUACUGGUAGUGGAAGUGGGGUAACUGCGCAUGGAAGUAGUGGACGAAGUAACAACGUGCAUAGGGAUGAGGCUGAUAAAAUGGGAAGUACAAGCAAGGCUAACUUGCAUCUAAGCAAUAACGGUGCAGGGAGCAGUACCGUGCUGAACACGAACAAUACGGAUGAGUCAAAAACUACCAUGAUGAUGAAUGUGUCUAGGAAAAAGAACGCUUUUAAAGAUUAUGGCAACGAGCGGGAGUACAACUACAGUGGUAAGGUGAGCAACCGGGAGGAGGCGCAACAACAUUUGGAGGAUGUGUGCGCUGAAAACUGCGGUAGGGAUGAGGGGGAGAACGAUGGUGACCAGGACGACAACGAUGAUGGUAGUGACGAUGAUGGUAGUGACGAUGAUGGUAGUGAUGAUGAUGGUAGUGAUGAUGAUGAUGACGAUGGUGACGCCGAUGAAGAAAGAGCUUUUCUAUCGCUGUCGCGCGCGGGAAGGAAGGUGAAAGGCACUGGAGAAAAGGGGUUAUUACCUGAGGUGAAAAAUGUAGGAAGGAUGGGGGUUGUUAAAAGUUCAAAAUGUAGGGUAGAUACGAAAGGGAUUAAAAACGCCAAGGUGACAUCCUUAUCCGUGGAAGGGAAAAACUUGCUGAAAAUGAAAUCCGGGGCGGAUGGAAAGGGCGUGAAAAAUAUGGCUUUUGAGGUUAAGGAAGAAGCAGCAGAGGGAAGAAAUUUAAUCAACGAUUCAGAAAAAGUAGGAGAUGAGAAAACAUGCGAACAGAGCGAAGAACUUGUACAGGUAAAAACACCAGUGGCUAUAAAAAUACACGAUUUGAAGGACAGCAAAAAUUUAAAAAACUUUUUAAGGGAAAUAGAAAUAUAUAAAAAUAUUCAGCGUCCAAAUAUUUGUACGUUCUAUGGAAUAUGCAUAAGAUCAAAUAAAUUAAUGUUACUGUUGGAAUACUACCCUAAGGGUAAUUUAUUUAAUUUUCUAAAAAAUAAAAAUAAAAUUCACAAGAAGCAGAGACUAGCAUGGGCAUCCGAAAUGUGUUCUAUUGUCCAUGCCUUUCAUACACAUAACCCUCCUGUAAUAAAUGGAGAUAUAAAAACAUCCAACGUUUUAAUAGACAAUAAUAUGCACUUAGUUAUGUGUGAUUUUGGAAAAGCUCGUUUUAAGAAUACAAAACUUUAUAGCAACUUUGGCUCCUAUAGAUAUAUGGCCCCUGAAACUUUUAGUUGUACAUCCGAAGUGACAGAGAAAAUUGAUAUAUGGAGUUUAGCAUGUUGCAUCGUUGAAAUAUUUUCCAGCAAGUACCCAUACCAUAAUUUAUCGAAGAAUAUAAAGAUUCGACAUGAGCUUCUGGUGAAUAAGAAGACUCCACACAUUCCAAACUUUCUACCCAACUCCAUGAAGAAAUGCCUGCAGAGGUGCUUCAGUUUCAACCCGGAGGAGAGACCCUGUGCUUACGAGAUGUACAAGUGUUUGAAGAAAAUCAAGGUUGUCGAGUGA